AAGUGACACACUGCCCUGGUGUUCUUUCAGUGCGACACAUUUCAUUUCACCAUGAUGGAUGUGGUAACGUUUGAGAAGGAGAACCAUGAGCGUAUCCAGGCCGUGGAGACUUCAUUCGGCCCGGCAGGGAAGACUCUAUCACAGCCAGGACGGGUUCUGGUGGGACAGGGUCGUCUGAUAAAGCAGGGACGUCGGAAGAUCGAGCCCAAAGUUUUCUUUCUGUUCAACGACGUGCUGGUGUACGGCAGCAUCAUCCUGAACGGCCGCUGGCACAAAAGCCAGAAAAUCAUCCCUCUAGAGGACGUCAUGCUAGAGGACAUCGAUGACAAGGCGGGAUUGAGUAACAAAUGGCUGAUGUAUACACCAUGCAAGUCGUUUGUUGUGUCCGCCGAUUCGUUCGAAGACAAGCAGGCCUGGAUGGAGCACAUUGGAAACUGCCGGUCAAACCUCCUGCAGCGGCGUGGCAGCCAAGCCGUAUCCACAUACGCUGUUCCCUGGAUCCCAGACAUGGCCGCCUACAAAUGCAUGCGCUGCUUCAACAACUUCACUGGUACCAACCGCCGACACCACUGCCGAAAAUGUGGCUUUUUGGUCUGCAAUGCAUGCUCCAAGCAGCGAGCAGUGAUAGAGCACAUUCACCCCACAAAGCGAUUGAGGGUCUGCAGCCUCUGCCACAAGAAGGACGAGGAGAUGUCUCGACUGAGAGGAGACAGCACUGGAAAGAAUAGUGCCGAGGAGGACUAUGAGGAAGCCUGCAGUGAUGAAGAGGAAGGAGCAAAGACAAAGCAGAACAGCAGCUGGCUAGACUACCAGAGUGGAACCUGGGGACACAACAACGCCUAUGUUGUACCAACACCGAUGUGUUGAAUGCAAGGGGAAAGCAGAUUGGAAGUCAAUUGAGAACAUUCUUACAAAGAUAAUUGAACUAUGGAUUUGUAUGCCUACCUUUUCUAUUGCGUUCAUUAUGUACUGUACUGUUUAUAUUGUUCUGAGAGUGUAAUUAUCAUAUGUGUACUGUAUAUACAAGAGAAUGUGAAGUAUGUGCUGAUUUACUGUUUACUUAUCAAAAAGAAUUGCACUUCUGCUUUUAAAUAAUCCAAAAAACAAUAAAGCCCUUACAAAAUGUG